GUGGAUAAGGUUGCGCGGAGAACGUUCCACGCUUAUUCGAAAGUGUGACAUUUGUCAAUUUACGACAAAGCCCAAAAGUAUUCUUAAUUUCGGAACGGCCCCUCCUUCCUCCGCCCUGAUUUCACAGCACCCCCAUUCUUAAUUUUUAUUUUAUUUUUAUUUUUUUGUUCUCAUUAAACAUCAAUCAAAGCACCUGUAACUGAAGCAUCAGAGUUCCGGACCUUACGAAAUGCUGAGGCUCAGCUGCAGAAGGCUCCUCGGGCUGGGGUUCCGGGAGGCCCAGUUGCCGGCCGUUCAGCGGCUGUCGCGUUCUUACCACGAGAGGGUCGUCGACCACUACAACAAUCCCCGCAAUGUCGGAUCCUUUGACAAGAACGAUCCCACGGUCGGCACGGGUCUCGUCGGCGCACCCGCUUGCGGCGAUGUCAUGAAGCUUCAAAUCAAGGUCGACGAAGAGUCUGGAAAGAUCGUCGACGCUUGCUUCAAGACAUUCGGAUGUGGAUCAGCCAUAGCUUCUUCCUCCGUAGCUACUGAAUGGGUGAAAGGGAAACAAAUGGAAGAAAUUCUGUCUAUCAAGAAUACGGAGAUUGCAAAACACCUUUCUCUUCCCCCAGUUAAGCUGCAUUGCAGCAUGCUUGCUGAGGAUGCAAUUAAAGCGGCUGUAAAGGAUUAUGAAGUGAAACGUGCAAAUUCAAGUGCAAGCAUGGGUUCGGAGGCUGCAGCUACCGAGAAGGCUGCUGAUGCUUGACGAUAUGCACGUGUAAAUGAAAAUGGAAGUGGUGUGUGUGGUCAUCAUCCCAUAUAUUGCCUUCUGUUGAUGUUUUGUAUGGCCUUAAAACUGCUUCAAAAUACUUUUUAACAUUUUUCCCCCUGGAUGUAAAUGUUCCCAAGAGAUGAAUAGUCUGUUUUAAUAUAAAUUUGGCUUGUGUUUUUGCCUAA